UUGACUGGACGUCACCAUGGCGACUGGACGCGGACAAUUAAGAUAUUUAACGCUAUCACAUUAAUUCUUUGACGUAGCGAUGGCUACAAAGAGAGAGAACAAACUCUAUUUAUAUAGCUAACUUGUGGAGUUUACAUGGACAGGUUUGUCUAUUUUGAAUCGAAGUUAUCCUCCGUUGCCUGUUAGCUAAACCGCUGUCAAACAAACUUGGCUCUUGACGUUAUAUGGCCUCCCUGCAAAUAUGAAUGAUUUCGUAUCUGUCUCAAAGGGUUCGAGACCAGAGAGACAAAUGUCAGUUUCAAAACAAGCUACUUUCAGAGUGCGGGCAGUGAGGACGUUCAAAAGAGCUGACAAAUCAUCUCAGACCUCGAUGGAAAGACUGCCAUCUGAGAUCCUGAUUAAGAUUCUGUCAUACCUGGAUGCCUCCGCUCUUUUCACCGUCAGCCAUGUCAAUAAACUCUUCUACCGGCUUGCCAAUAAUAAUGCUCUGUGGAACAAGAUAUACAUAGAGGAGUUUGGCAAGAAAAAAAAGCAGAAAUCCAAGUGCAUGGAUGAGUUGCUGCUGAAGAUGGCCACAGUGGAGCUGCAGGAUACCGCUGCUGGCUACUGGAAGUGGCUGUUCUUCAAGACUGUAGCCGCAUGUGACAUGAACAAGGGGAAAAGACAUCUUGGACUCAUCAGCCGUCACACUGGGCUGCCCAGUCAGACAGAGCAGGUUCUCAGAAACUUGCACGUCACCUGGGAGCUGACAGUCUCUGAGAAGUCAGGGCAUGAGGGCACAUUGGAGCUGAGCUGGUCCCGAUUCUGCGAGACUUCUGUGUCUCUGUGCUGGAGUGGAGGACGCUGCUUGCCCAGCUACCAGCAGAUUUCCACCCUUCAACUUCACGGCGUCAGGAGGAUUGCCCUCAGCUGCCCCGGCCUAAAGAAACCUGGCUGGAGGUCCCUCAUGGCCAAGUUAGACAUGCAGACUUUAACUAAAAGCGCGCAGGUCAUUGGUCAGGACAGACUGGUUGAACUGAAGCUGCUGCAGCCGGGAAUCAUCGUCGGAACCUGGAGGGACCAGUGCUCCGUUGCCUUCAUCAUGUUCACCCUCCACUUCCACAGACUAGUGGAAAGAAGCGUCCAAGGAUCCUCAGUUUGCCCGUACAUGGAGCCAAAGGUCAAAUCCCCUUUUGAUGACAUAGACCCCGAAUACGGUCUCCAUGGUUACCGACUACACAUUGCUCUCCACGACACUGGAUGCAAGCUCAUGUCUGCAAGCUUUUCCCAGCUCUUCUGCCGCAGAACUCAGAUCUGUGACGGAUUCAUCCGGCUGACUGCCAUUAGCAGGACAAACUUGUCUCAGCACACCCCUCUGUCAGGCUGCAUCACCCUGCCCUGGAGGUGUGAGGCCCUGCAGGGCGCAGUAGAGAAUUGCUGCAUCAUGAGUCUGACUCUGCUGGAUGAAUUCAGGAAACCCUUUUGGUGUGUCAGCUCACCUGUUUCCAUGCAGCUGGAAAAGACAGCCAUUUCCUAUGACUAUGAUGGUGAGCACUUCCUGAUUCACUAUCUGGACUCAGACGGUCAGGUGAAGAUGAAACUUGUUUGGAUGAAGGAAAAGAGGCAGUUUGUUGUCAUCAGUUUAGUUAUUUAUGUGAGUGUUUUUAACAUCAACAAGCAUUUUAGUAGAGAUUACUGAGCCUGCAGUAUUUCUGGAGGAAGUUUUGAGGUUUUCUUAGCUGCUUAAUAUUGUUUAAAUCUGGGUGACACAUGCACACCUCCACACACCCUAAAUUUCUCGCGGCAACUCUGGAAUAGAUAUGCCGGUUUCCAGCUAGCAUGGCACACAUCCACUCACCGGAGGAAGUGUCCCAGACCUCAGCUCACCAACCCCUGGCAAAGUCCACCUUUGUAUAUGUGGGAAAACUGAUGUGCUGUGUGUUGUGUGUUUUUCGUUGUCUGCUGGCGGCUCUUUGAGUUUACUCGUUGUUAGUUACUGUAUAUAGCUAAAGGUCAUGUGAUAUAUUUCAUGGGUUAUCUGGGGAAAACUAAAGCCAUAACCUAAACUAAAACAAUCUCUGUCUGAGCUGAUUCUGACUGGCACGCUGGAUCCCCGAUAAACUACAGCAUUUUAAUGAAACAAUAUUAUAUCUUGCUCGUGCAUUUUAAGGUAUAUACCACAUAGUUGCAACAGCCCCCUCCCUCUGCCUUGUGUUCUGUGUCUCUCUAUGUUGACAAAUUAAGGCAAAAUACCAUAAAUGAAUCUUUUAAAAAACAUUACAUCUGUAUGCUCAUAUCAUAUCAUCAUAUAUAUGGGGACAAUAGAUGUUUUUAGUGGUUAAUAAUAAUUUCAAAUUAAACUCAUAUCCUUAAAACUGCAAUUUAUUAAAUCACUUAUUUUGUACCUUUCAAAAAACCUACUGUUUGCCAGACUAAAAACACUUUUUUGUCUUUAAAUGCUUAAUAAAUUCACACAUUUUUAAAUGGAUUCAUAAAAUAAUUUGUGAUUGGCUAUGUCAUUGACUUUCUAUUUUUAUACCAAACCUUCCUUUUAUUUGUCUCUUGCUUCUUGCAGUUUAGGUUUACCCUCACUCUCUUGUCUUUACGUUGCAAAAUCAUUUGCAUCUGUUUUAUUAACUAAUUAAUGCAUUUUUAAAAGCACUACAAAGAGACAUGAUUGAAUAGAAAUGUUAAUGGAAUGUUUGAUUACUAUUUUAUAAUAUAAUUACUGAAAGCUUUCUGAAUUAUAUAAUUUAAUUGUAAUUUAUAAUGUAAUAAUGAAUACUCCACUGAUCAGUUUGGAUCAUUUGGUUAAUUAAAUGAUUAUAAUAAUAUUAUAAUUACUCAGUUUAUAAUUAUUCUAGUGACUCACUCCAGAUGCACACAGUUUAUACUCUAUAUAGCCGACACCAAAAAAAAACACAUUGUUUAAUAAGACAACUUGAGACUGUUAGUUCAAGGUGCUUUGACUCAAUUACUAUUACAAAUAUUCAAAGGUCCUUCUUAAAGGAAUAUUUCAUCACUUAUAACGCCAUGAUGCAGUAAAAAGUUUCUUUAGUUUGGUACAUCCUUUGUUACAAGUUAAUAAUACUUCUGUUGACAGGAAGCUAUAUGGACAAACGUUUAUAAAUUUAAAAUAUAAGAACAUUUUGUUGGUAUCUAAGUCAUGGCCAUGGAAACAUACGCAUGCAGACGUAGAUGUUUAUCAUGUUGAUAACUGUCCUGACCCUCUCUAGCCCCAGUCGAAUGCACAUUGAAUAUGUAAUCAAUUUCUUUACUCAAUAUUUAAUUAGAAACAUAAGCUUAGGUGAUGCAGGUCAUUUUGCCUCAUAC